AUGUCUGUUGGUGCAAAAGCAGUUCGCGCGGGGCAUCCUUUCGAAACUUUCCAAGUUACUACAAAUGCAUUGCACUUUCAUUUCUUCGCCAUACCUGAUCUAGAUCCAAAGCUUCGAGCCAUACCAGAACUAUAA